GGGAGAUGGAAAGAGCUUCACUGGCCUAAGCGACCGGAUGCUCCCUCUAGUGUCUUGUACAUUCAUAGGUUUAUCCCGACUUUGGAGAGGCCCGGCGAUCUUAAGCCCUUCUACGACGACGCCACCAAUUAAAUUCCACCCGCCUCUGCAGUGCUGGGGUUGAAGCUCUCCGGCCCUCAGGCCUGUCAUUCUUUUAUUUCUUCCUCUUCCAUUGGCUACUGGGAGAUCGCGGCGUCUUUUCUCAUGGAUUGGGCGGAGCCCACAGGAGAGGGUUGGUCUUUGAUUGAUUUCUUUGCCCGGUUCCAAGAUGGCGCUCAUGACCACGCUAGGAAUGCAGCGUGAAGCUUCAAUUCUGCCAUCACUCAAUAUGGCUGCCCCCAUCAAGAUGACCGGGGUGUGCUGGGGGGAAAGGGGCAGCAAGAUGGUCUGAGAUGGUCUAGCACUGAACCAUGUGGAAGUUUCUGGGACUGGGGAGCUGGAUGAUGGGGGGUGGGGCUCGUGGGGGGUAAAGGGAGCAACAGCGUCUUUUCCCAGGCUAAUCCCGGCCCCUCCUUGUUCUCUGGACUAAAAUGGGGAACACACUGGGCCUGGCACCGAUGGGGACUUUGCCCCGCCGGAGCCCCCGCCGAGAAGAACCUCUGCCCAAUCCUGGGAGCUUCGAUGAGCUGCACCGGCUCUGCAAAGAUGUAUUCCCAGCACAGAUGGAGGGAGUGAAGCUCGUUGUCAACAAGGUUCUGAGCAGCCAUUUCCAGGUGUCUCACACUGUGCAUAUGAGUGCCCUGGGCCUGCCGGGCUAUCACCUCCAUGCCGCCUAUGCAGGGGACUGGCAGCUUAGCCCGACUGAGGUGUUCCCCACUGUGGUAGGGGAUAUGGACAGCAGUGGCAGCCUCAACGCCCAGGUCCUGCUUCUGUUGGCAGAGCGGCUCCGAGCUAAGGCUGUUUUCCAGACGCAGCAGGCCAAGUUCCUGACAUGGCAGUUUGAUGGCGAGUACCGGGGAGAUGAUUACACAGCCACUCUGACCCUAGGAAAUCCUGACCUGAUUGGGGAAUCAGUGAUCAUGGUUGCUCACUUCCUGCAGAGCCUCACUCGUCGGCUGGUGCUGGGAGGAGAGCUAGUUUAUCACCGGCGACCAGGCGAAGAGGGGGCCAUCCUGACCCUGGCUGGGAAGUACUCGGCUGUACACUGGGUAGCUACGUUGAAUGUGGGAUCAGGAGGGGCCCAUGCAAGUUAUUACCACAGGGCAAAUGAACAGGUUCAGGUUGGAGUGGAAUUUGAGGCAAACACAAGGCUACAAGACACAACCUUCUCCUUUGGUUACCACCUGACUCUACCCCAGGCCAACAUGGUGUUUAGAGGCUUGGUGGAUAGUAACUGGUGUGUAGGUGCUGUGCUGGAGAAGAAGAUGCCUCCCCUGCCUGUCACCCUGGCCCUCGGCGCUUUCCUCAAUCACUGGCGCAACAGAUUCCACUGUGGCUUCAGCAUCACUGUGGGCUGAGGUUGUCCCUCAGCUGGGCCCACAGCAGCUUGAACCUGAGUCAGGUGCCCUAGGGCCGAACGGUAGUCCUCUUUCCAGAGCCCACCUUGCUGAGUGACCCGUAGGUCUCAGGAGCAGAGUGGGGGACAGGACCAUGCCCUUCUCAGAACUGGAUCUGCCACAGGGUCAGCUGAUGAGGCAGUGGUUUGAGGCUUCCACUUCUGCCACCAGCCCCACUCUCCCCUUCCCCAGGCUUGUGGCUCUGGACAAAGGGAGAAGGAUUAAGAGCUGUAUCUG